ACGAGACAUUAUUCAUACAAAUGCAGAACACAAGUAAAAUUUUGCUGCAAUUCGGUUUAAUUUUAUUUCUUGGACUCCUGGAUGUGAGCUCAGGGGCCAGUUGGUAUACUGCCAGUGAUGGACGGCGAUAUUUGAUCGAGGCAACUGCCAGUUAUAACUGGCUUCAGGCAUUGGAUAAAUGUACUCGUCAAGAUCUACAACUUGUGGUUAUCGAUAGUGAUUCUAAAAAUAAGGCAUUGAUAUCGCUGUUGCGCUCGGUUUUCGGUAGUGCUCGCGACUAUUGGAUUGGCCAUCAUGAUGAAUUCAAUAGAAAGAAGGAUAAAAAUCGAGGUUGGUAUUCAAGCACAAGUGGUGCAUCAAUCAGCUACGGUUACUGGGACAGUGGUGAGCCCAAUAAUUUUGGAGGAACAGAACAUUGCACUCAAAUUUAUCGUAAAACCGAUUACAAAUGGAAUGAUGAAGAUUGUGAUAAGCAUUCUUUUGGUUAUAUUUGUGAGGAACACUUUAAAACUGCACAAUGUCGUUCUCAAAUGGAAGCCAAGAGAACAGCAGCGCAACAAAAAAAUAAUCAGCUAUCGUCAGAUUUUGUAAAGACCAAAAAUAAUGUCAAUAAGAUUAUGACAGAUACCAGCGAAGAUACAGAUAAUAUGUUGACUUUAUGGGAGAGUUCAUCGCAAAAUGUUAUGGAUAAUUUCAAAGAAUCGUUGAAUGAAUUGAUUGCCAAGAAACCCUAUUUACAGGCAGUCAUAGCCGACGUGGGUCCAGCCAUUAAGGCUUUGGCUUCGGAAGCCCAAGUGGAAAUAUCGAAAUUGACAGAGCAGACUCGCCAAACCAUUGCUCAGGUUCAAUUGCAGGCGGAAAAGUCGGUUGACUCGGAAAAUACUGCCUUUGAAAAUAUAAUUGCAGAUCAUUCAAACGAAAUGGAUAGAUUGAUGGUCUAUUAAAAUCAAAAGAACUAAUCAUAAGAAAAUAUUUCAAACUAUUGCAAUAACUAAAAGCAAGACCUCAAAAUGAAAAAAAAAAAAAUUGUAUUUUU